AAAAACAUUAAUGGGGUGAGAGAGGCUCGAACUCUCGACCUCAGGAUUACUCAGAUAGCUAUGAGACCUACGCGCUAGCCAACUGCGCCACCACCCCUGUUGUUUGUUCACCUCAGAAAACUCUUGAACUAGGACGAAGAGACGAAAACUCUUGCACAGCCCCAAUCUUCUCUGCUUCUUUCUCAAUUCGUCCUCUGCUCUUGGUUCCUGCGAGUUUCAGCGUGAUUAGGCAUGUUUUAGUCGUGCGUGACGAGUAGUAAGGUUUUAGCAAUGGUUGGACAUGUUGUGGUGUCUCCAUCAUUAUGCAUUCAUCUACGGAUGCCUGAGGUUCACUCUACUAAAAGAAGCUCUAUCUCCAUGAAUCCUCAUGUAGAGAUUGCCCAAAGGAAACCGUCAGGGGAAGCUCGGAAACGCUAUGCUUCUACUUCCUUGAAUCUUGGAGCUUUUUUGUCUCGUGGAGAGUCUUCUUGUAAAUGUACUUGCUUGGCAUCUCUGGCAGAGUUUGAUGCUGUCGCUGGUUCCGGUUGGGUCCCUAUCGGUGACCAAGUUCUCCUUAUAGCCAGUGUUUUCCUUACAUAUAUGGCUGGAGUGAUUCCUCUUCAAAACUCUGCUUACUCUUCCACAAAGAACACCGUGGAGGAGAAUCCAGAUGUUGGGACUUCAGAAUCUUCUGAUUUUGAGGGUGAUUUGAAGUCUGUAUGGGAUGUGGUGAAAGCAAAGCUUUUAGAUUCUUUAGACGCCAUCAAGCGUGAGAGUUCACUUGGAAGCAGAGUCCUGAAAGCCAAACCGCCUCAAGGGAAACCCCCGCUGAGCUUGUAUGCGAUAUCUGAAGGGCCACAGAUGUACUUGCUCUGGUCAUGUUUUCAGAAACUUGAAGAAGAGACAAAUAAGAUAUCUAACACAACCAAUUCGGAUGAGUGGAUGGUUGGUUUUACUGAUAUUGUCCGCAAAGCAUACCAAGGAGCAUGCACGGCUUGGCUAAAAAGGGAACUGUCUGUGGAAAGCACUGAUUCCGACAAGACUCUAUCCCAUGAUGUGCAGGCGAUUACUCCUUUGCUGAUCAAAAUGCUAAAUGAAAAGGACGCUAUUUUUAACAAAAUAAGAAAAUCAGGCAAGGAGGAACUGUUUGCAGACUUCUUAUAUUUUCACAGAUUUGGAUCUUCCGGGAAACCUUCUUGCUACGACCUUAGCUUGUUUCGCACUCACGGAGUUGCCAUUUUGGAAGACUUGAUGAUAACUUUAGCAGAUGGGGUCGCUAGCAUCUAUCUAGAGUUCAUUUCUGUAGACAGCAAGUUUUCAGAUGAAAUGAACACUGGAGGAUUAGAUAUAUGUAUCCUUUCUAGUAGAGCACUCCAGAAACUACGUAAUGAGGUAGCUCUGUACCAGUGGUUGCAUCAGAACAUGGAAGCAGUUGUGUCGAUGUAUGAGGAUCGCUUUGACCUCUACAUUCUUCAAACUCAGGUUAUCAACAACCCUGAUGGUGGUGACGGUACAAAAAGCGGUAGUUGGUGGAGAAAGCUCACACCGGGAAAAGCUAAAGCUGCCUCAUCAUCAGCACCCUUGCGAUACUCCGUAAUCAGUGACUUCUCAUUGCCUGUUAAACGAACAAAGGAGCUUAAGGCUCUAUCUGGAUGGAGGUACUACUUCAGUUUGUUUCUGGAGUUAUCAGACAUCGGAAUGCCAAUCAUUAGGGUGGUGCUGGAUAAAGUGAGUAGCGUCAUAUCCUUCUUUCUUGUCACCUUGAUAGGUAGAUCAGUCGGGCUCAUCUUCACCGGCAUUAGACAAUCUCUCCGGUGGAAGUGAAGUCUCAUUACUGGGGAUUCUAAUUUUUUGUUCUGUCGACCUCGUUUUUGGUGCCCUUUCGAUGAUUCUUGGUAGUCAUAAGCUGAUGAAAUAUUCUAUGAACUUCCAGUUUUGGCAUUGACUCAAUUAUUUCAACAACAUUACCAUUGUCCCUGGUGCUUCUGUCUCUGAAAAAUAGUGUAUUCUUGUGCAAUUCAGAAAAGUGUGUUCGUUCAUGAAAACUCUGACCAUUGUCA